CCGGACGUCGCUUCUAAAGGUUUGCCAUCCGCCGAUGUAAUGCGGGGUGAGGCUUUAAAACGAUUCCGAGAUUUACAAACCAUUGUAAAUGCAACAAAAAGCAAAACAUGUUCAAGUGAUACGAAUAAAUUAAACUGUGUUCAAUAAUAUUCUAACGGAACGGCCGGGCAUCCGAGAUUGUUUGUAUUUGUAAUGUUAGUGAUCUCGAAAUGGAGAACGACUGGUUUUUAAUUUUUUAUUUAUGUAAACAAACAAACACUUUUUUUUACUAUGGAUCAAUCAUUCCGUUACUGCCCCGGAGCGCAGUAUGAGGUCGGACAGGAAUGUUUGGAGGAAGGAGCAGCAAAUUGCAAGAGUAGAUACAACAACAAGGAGAACAACAACCGAUUGUGGUCCGUCGAAGGUGCGUACGGACUAUCUUUGGGGGGUUGUGGCGCAUGGCAAGGCCCCAUUAACGCGACAACAAACAUCGGCGGCGGCGGCGGGACAGGGGCGAUGAGCGGCGCGGGGGCGGGCGUGACGAGCCCGCAAACACAACAGGGGGCCCAAACGCCAACAGCCCCCCCGAAGAGGCCCGUGCGACGCGGGGCCAAGCCGCCACCUGAUCGGCCGCAACGAGCUCUCUUCUGUCUGUAUCUCAAAAAUCCCGUUAGAAAGCUCUGCAUUGAAGUCGUUGAAUGGAAACCCUUCGAAUGGCUAAUUUUAUUUACGAUAUUUGCGAACUGCGUUGCCUUAGCCGUUUACACUCCAUUUCCCUAUAGCGAUUCCAACACAACAAAUGCAUACCUGGAAAAAAUUGAGUACAUAUUUUUGGUUAUUUUUACGGUCGAAUGCAUAAUGAAAAUAAUUGCGUAUGGGUUUUUGAUGCAUCCGGGCGCGUAUUUACGCAACGGUUGGAAUUUGCUUGAUUUUACAAUAGUAAUUAUAGGUAUGAUAAGUACUGCGUUAUCUUUUCUUACGAAAGACAGUUUUGAUGUAAAAGCUUUAAGAGCUUUCAGAGUUCUUCGGCCGUUAAGGCUGGUGUCUGGUGUUCCAAGUUUACAAGUUGUAUUGAACUCGAUUUUACGUGCCAUGGUGCCUUUAUUACACAUUGCUUUAUUGGUAUUGUUUGUUAUAAUUAUUUAUGCGAUCAUUGGGUUGGAAUUAUUCUCAGGAAAACUGCAUAUGACAUGCUAUAAAAACAGCACAAAUGAAGAAAUGGACGGAGCUCAUCCUUGCGGUUUUGGUUUCAGUUGUUCAGACCUUGAUGUUGAAUACGUUUGCAAAGACGGUUGGGAAGGACCAAAUAGUGGAAUAACUAAUUUUGACAAUUUCGGAUUGUCCAUGUUAACAGUUUUUCAAUGCAUUACAUUAGAAGGCUGGACCGAUGUGCUUUAUAAUAUACAAGAUUCAAUGGGAAGAACGUGGCAGUGGUCGUAUUUCGUUUCGAUGGUGAUCUUAGGUGCAUUUUUCGUUAUGAACCUAAUUCUUGGUGUCCUAAGCGGAGAAUUUUCCAAGGAAAGAGAAAAGGCAAAGGCUCGUGGUGAUUUUCACAAGUUAAGGGAAAAGCAACAAUUAGAAGAAGACUUAAAGGGUUAUUUGGAUUGGAUUACACAGGCUGGGCUUAUGGAGGAAGAAGGAGAAAACGAUCAGAACCAAGAAAACGUUUUAAGAAAUAAUGCCAACGAAAUGGAAUCGAGCGACCAAAUGGGCGAGGAAGAAAUAGUGCAAGAUUCUUGGUUUGAAAAGCGGAAGAAAAACUUCGAAAGGGUUAAUCGUAGAAUGCGAAGAUCUUGCAGGAAAGCCGUCAAGUCACAAACUUUUUAUUGGUUAAUUAUAGUUUUGGUAUUUUUGAAUACUGGUGUCUUGGCCACCGAACAUUACAAUCAGCCGGUGUGGUUGGACGAUUUUCAAGAGUACACCAACAUGUUUUUUAUUGCCCUUUUUACAAUGGAGAUGUUGCUGAAGAUGUACAGCUUAGGAUUUAAUGGUUACUUUCUUUCACUUUUUAAUCGGUUUGAUUGUUUUGUUGUUAUCGGAAGUAUUUCCGAGAUGAUUUUAACAAACACGCACGUAAUGCCCCCUUUGGGUAUUUCUGUACUUCGUUGUGUUAGAUUGCUUAGAGUUUUUAAAGUUACCAAGUACUGGCGAUCACUAUCCAACUUGGUAGCUUCAUUGUUGAAUUCAAUCCAAUCAAUUGCCUCCUUGUUACUUUUACUUUUCUUAUUUAUUGUUAUCUUUGCCUUACUUGGAAUGCAAGUUUUCGGAGGAAGAUUUAAUUUCAAGGACACCCAAGAAAAAUCCCGAUAUAAUUUUGAUAGUUUUUGGCAAAGUUUAUUAACUGUGUUUCAGAUAUUAACAGGUGAAGAUUGGAAUGCUGUUAUGUAUGAAGGCAUAGCUGCCUAUGGAGGAGUUAAAUCAUUUGGUGUUUUGGCCUGCAUUUAUUUUAUUAUUCUAUUUAUUUGCGGUAAUUACAUACUGUUAAACGUUUUCUUGGCUAUCGCUGUAGACAAUUUAGCAGAUGCGGAAUCCCUAACAGCAAUCGAUAAAGAAGCUGAAGAGGAAGGAAAGCAAAAGUCGAAAAGCCCGACUCCAACUGGCGAUGAGGAGAUCGAUGUGGAGGAACAUUAUAUGGGAGAAGAGUAUGAGGAGGUCACCGAGGAAGAAGGCCAAUAUGACUCAGAAAGAUAUGAAGAAGAUGGCGAGGGGGAGUUUCAAUCAAAGGAUAUAGAUGCAGAUGAGAAUAAUAUGGAUGAAGAACAAAACAGUAAGGAUGGCGACGAAGGCGAAUCAGGAAGCGGAAACGGGCGGCAAACUCGUCGUUUAUCAGAAAUAAAUCCAAACUCUCAGAAACUACCGAUUCCGCCGGCUACAUCUUUCUUCAUAUUUUCUCCCACAAACAGGUUUCGAAUUUUUUGUCAUUGGCUAUGUAAUCACAGUGCAUUUGGGAAUAUAAUCCUCGUUUGCAUUAUGGUAUCUUCAGCUUUACUAGCUGUGGAAGAUCCGAUUAAUUCCGAUUCCGAGACCAAUAAGGUGUUGCAAAUAUUCGAUUAUGUUUUUACAGCCGUAUUUUUUGUGGAAUUAAUGUUAAAAACAAUAACUUACGGAUGCAUUUUGCAUGAUGGUGCCUUUUUUCGAUCGGCUUUCAACGUUCUUGAUCUAGCAGUCGUUUGCGUGUCAAUCGUAUCCAUAUUCAGCAGCAAAGGAGCCAUGUCCGUGGUGAAGAUCCUGAGAGUGCUCCGUGUGUUACGUCCACUGAGGGCUAUAAAUCGUGCGAAAGGAUUGAAGCAUGUAGUCCAGUGUGUGAUAGUCGCGGUUAAGACCAUCGGCAACAUAGUCUUGGUUACAUGUCUUCUACAGUUCAUGUUCGCGGUAAUUGGAGUCCAAUUGUUCAAGGGAAAGUUUUCUCAUUGUACAGAUGGUUCAAAAUUGACUGCUGCUGAAUGCAAUGGUACCUAUUUGGUUUAUUUGGAUGGUAAUAUAAAUAAGCCAGUGAUGAAAGAUAGAAGUUGGGAGCCAAACCGAUUUCAUUUUGACAAUGUUGCAAAAGCAAUGUUAACUCUAUUUACGGUGUCCACUUUUGAAGGAUGGCCAGGACUGCUGUAUGUUUCAAUAGACUCAAAUGAAGAAAACAGAGGACCAAUUCAUAAUUUCCGCCCCAUUGUAGCUGCAUAUUAUAUUAUAUACAUUAUUAUAAUAGCCUUUUUUAUGGUUAAUAUUUUCGUGGGUUUCGUUAUUGUUACAUUCCAAAACGAAGGAGAACAAGAAUAUAAAAAUUGCGAAUUGGACAAAAACCAAAGAAAUUGUAUUGAAUUUGCAUUGAAAGCCAAACCGGUACGAAGAUACAUUCCCAAACAUCGAAUUCAAUACAAGGUAUGGUGGUUUGUCACUUCCAAACCAUUUGAGUAUGCGAUUUUUACACUCAUCUUAACUAACACCAUUACAUUGGCUAUGAAAUACUAUCAGCAACCAGCAAUAUAUGAAAGUUUUUUGGACACACUUAACAUGAUAUUCACUGCCGUAUUCGCCAUGGAAUUUGUUUUCAAGCUGGCGGCUUUUAGAGUUAAGAAUUAUUUUGGAGAUGCGUGGAACGUAUUUGAUUUCGUUAUAGUGCUUGGAAGUUUCAUUGAUAUUGUGUACCAAGAUGUUAAUCCCGGUUCAAAAUUUCAAAUAUCAAGUAAUUUUUUUCGCCUUUUCCGUGUAAUGAGGCUUAUAAAGUUACUUAGCAGAGGCGAAGGCAUCAGGACUUUGCUAUGGACGUUUUUGAAAUCUUUUCAGGCUCUCCCGUAUGUAGCAUUACUUAUUGUGAUGCUAUUUUUUAUUUACGCCGUCAUAGGAAUGCAGAUGUUUGGUAAAAUUGAAAGCACAGAUCCGGAAUCUGACUCGUCGAUCACCAGGAAUAAUAACUUUGGAUCGUUUUUUCAAGCAGUGUUGGUGCUAUUUAGAUCAGCUACUGGUGAAGCUUGGCAAGAGAUAAUGAUGGAUUGUGCUGACACACCGGCUGCAAAAUGUGACAAAAGAAUUAAAGAUAGCUCUGGCUGCGGUUCCAAUAUUGCUUAUCCAUACUUUAUUUCAUUCUACGUAUUAUGCUCAUUUUUGAUUAUUAAUUUAUUUGUGGCAGUCAUUAUGGAUAAUUUCGAUUAUUUGACGAGAGACUGGUCUAUUCUGGGCCCCCAUCAUUUGGAUGAAUUUAUUAGACUGUGGAGUGAAUAUGAUCCUGACGCCAAAGGCAGGAUAAAACAUUUGGAUGUUGUUACUCUUCUUCGGAAAAUAUCGCCCCCAUUGGGUUUCGGCAAAUUGUGUCCGCACAGGGUGGCUUGCAAGCGAUUAGUGUCGAUGAACAUGCCCCUUAAUAGCGACGGAACAGUUCUAUUUAACGCGACACUUUUUGCCGUCGUGCGAACUUCGUUGCGAAUCAAGACCGAAGGUAACAUAGACGAUGCGAACUCGGAGUUGAGAGCAGUAAUCAAAAAAAUUUGGAAAAGAACCAGUCCCAAACUGUUGGACCAAGUGGUUCCACCCCCGGGUGUGGACGACGAAGUUACCGUUGGCAAGUUCUACGCCACUUUUCUUAUACAAGAUUAUUUCCGGAGAUUUAAGAAACGAAAAGAACAGGAACUCAAGGAGGGAGAUAAGGACACACACAACACCGUCACCCUUCAAGCUGGUUUGCGUACAUUACACGAGGCUGGGCCUGAACUAAAAAGAGCUAUAUCCGGGAACCUCGACGAAUUGAUUGACGAUAACCCUGAACCAAUGCACCGGAGAAACCAUUCACUUUUUGGAAGCGUGUGGUCUUCGAUGAAACGUGGACAUAGCUUUAAUAGAACAAAGUCGUUAAAAAUCAAUUCAACCCAUAUUAAAAUAACACCAGCUUCUAGCGUAGACUAUAUUCCGUAUAAUUCCAUCAAAAGUGCUGUAACAGAGGGAAUGAACCAUAUUACUUCGAUUACAAAAAACGUUCAAAAUAGGCAAAGUGCCACGUCGCUGCACAACCAGGAAGGGUUAAGAGAAGAGGACAUUCCCCUAAGAUCUCUGAGUUUGCAUAAUGGUGAUUCGGAAAAAAAUAGGUUUAGAGUUAUUAAUAAAUCUGGUUUCCUGCACCCUAACUAUCAGGGGUGAGCUGGGCGAGCUGAUGGCUCCGACGCCUCCACCACGACGGCUGACACUGGGUUUGGGCAGUCGAGGAGUUAGUUGCAUGUCGACUCAGCCGGGCCUCGCCACUGCCACCGCCAUGGCCAUGGCCAGCGCCACCUCAGCGCCGGCUGCGGCCACGCCCACGCAACACGCACCACCGCCGAGCUUUAGUCGUAUUGCAAGUGGCCUAAAACUUGCACAAGCACAAGCUAUGGCAGUUGCAGGCUUCUUGCCCUCAGAUUCGGCAGACUCAGCCUCUCAGCCGCCCCCUCCGUUCUUUUUCGACUACCCCUCUUCGGGCUCUUCGGAAUUGUUCGCCUUCCAUCCAACCGAUUCCGAAGGAGAUAGUCGACACACGCGCUCAAAUCUCCUUAAUCAUAGGGCUUCCUUCCAUGGCAGAGGUGGAAUCGAGGCGAACGGACAUGCGGGUUCGGAGAGACUGGCGCAGUCGCUGCCAGGUUCCCCGGCAGACCGGCGGCCGCCGUCGUUCGAGGUUGUGGGAUCGGCCGAAAGUCUGGUCGGUCGAAUUUUGGCGGAGCAAGGACUCGGCAAGUACUGUGAUCCCGAAUUCGUGCGGUAUACUUCCAAGGAGAUGCAAGAAGCCAUGGACAUGACGCAGGAGGAGAUGGACCGGGCUGCCCAUCAGCUGCUGCAGCAAGAGAGGCGCAUCAGACCCAACGCCCCGCCCACUGCCCAUGCGACCCUCGAUGUCCUACAACCACCAUUAUAGCACACUCUCAAAGUUUCCUAAUCUCCCGCCACAUUACCAAGUGCCUAAUCUUUUCUUCUGGUCCAAAGAAGACUUAAUUUAAUAAUAAUUAUAUUAUUAUUUUUUAUUUGUUUACAUUAUUACAAAAAAACAAUAAUAGUAUUGUGUAGUUUUUUAACCUGGAUUUUACCAUGAAAUAGGAUUGUUUCUCCAGUUACGAGUCCCAUGUACAGGGUGUGAGAAUGAAUAGCAAAAUCUUAUUAAAAUUUUAUAAUAUCAGAACGUGUCAAACUAUUAUAAUAAAGAAUAAAUAAAAUACAUUUAUCUACUCCUAUCGUAUAAUAUUCGAUUUUUUCCAUAUUUAAUAACCGCCGCGAACCCAUUAUUUACGUUGGUAGGCAUUAGUGAUUGGCCGAAUUUAAUAUUCACUGUGAUUUGAACCAAUCAGGUUUUAAAUUUGGAGAAGGCGGCCAUAAUAUUUAAAAUUGGUAGAAAGUGAGGUUAACCAUUUGAAAGAUGUCAGAUUUUAUUUAUUUAUUUUUGAAAAUCAUUUAAAUAUCUACUAAAUGGAGUAGAUAAAGUAAGUAUAGUAUUACACUCGAGAUUAUGCGCAUUAUUCACUAGGAUCAUCAUCAUCCUUGUGAAUAAUAGCCUGCAUUAUCUCUCGUAUAUUAAUAUACUAUUAUUUGUAUACUUUUUAAACUUCUAUUACGGUUUUUAAGAGCACCCAUCUUUACUCUCAACUACUAUUUGUAUUCUACCUUAAUUUUAUUAUUUGAUUUACUUAUAAAGAUUUAUAAUACUAUAUAUAUACUUAAGCACAAACUUUAAAAUAUAUGUAUAUAUUAUAGUACUCUUAAACCAAUUAAAUCCGU